AUGGCCCCUGAAGGAGGACAACCGCAAAAACCGAAGACCCCCGCGGAUCCGCCCAGAACCAUAGAUGAAAUCGCGGAAUGUGCCCUACGGGUGCUCCGCUACAUUGAAAACAGUGGCACGGAGGAUCCGUAUGUCACUGGAUUCAUUCGGUCCAUCCGAAAACACGCCAUGAACGCCCAACGGGGCGACGGCCAGGGGAUGACCAAGGUGACUGAGAAGAUUGAAACCACCAUUUCCGCCCCCGCGGCGGAUUCCACGGCGGCAUGGCGCAGCUUCCGCGCCAGAGACCAAGCGACCACUGCAGCUUCCGUAAACCGGAACAACACACCAUCGCCGCCAGGAAUACCCGAGAUCGAAACCUGCGAGGACCGAGAGAUCAUCGUCAAGGUUGGGGGGAACUGGGACCUACUUAGGAAGCUCACGCCGAAGAAUUUGGUUGAGAAUUUGGUUGAGAGGGCUGAAAGACAAAGAACCCCGAAUGGCCACCAACCAUUGGCCGAACAUGCCUCAUUUGUCGCUGCCUGA